GGCCACUUUAGAUAUCAGCUGUUGAUAUAAGUUCUUAUGAGGCUAAGCUUAGCCUAGAUUUCUACAAUGUAGGCUCAAGGCUAGCCUAGCCUAGAAGAUUCAGAAAAUUAUUGAGAAAUUGUGAUCAUCGACCAUGAACUGUUAGUAUAUUUUUGCAGCAUCACAGCUUACCAAGCGACCAUCUUGUGUGUAGUUUUGUUGCUGGGCGUUCGAACCAUUAUCAUUUGGUCUAGAAGAUCCCCGGAAUGCCAUAUCAAAGAGAGAUAACGAAAAAUAGGAGCCGAGUGUGAAUCUUGGAAAAGACUACUUCCGGUUGUGAAAACGAGGUUGUUAGCCUAUUUAGUUGGAGUAAUCUUCACAAAUUGUCUCAACUAAUAUAAUGCCGUAUUUAGAAUAGAUAAAUAGUUCAGAUAGUGUAAUGGGAAUUGCCUUAAUAUGGCUUCAGUUUUAGAUCGCAAAAUAGGAUGCAUCCUUGGCAGUGCGGUGGCGGAUGCAGCCGCACAACCAUUACAUUGGAUAUACAACACUGACAAACUUGAUGACCUUAUUAGAGAUGCUGAGGAGAUCGAGUUUUGGGAGCCAUCUGCAAACCCUUUCUAUUGUAUCCCAACAGGAAGCCAGAGUUGCUAUGGAGAUCAGGCAUUUGUAAUGCUGGAAUCACUGGUGGCUUGCAAAGGUUAUAAUGAAGAAGACCUGAAGCAAAGGAUGUACAAGAUGUUUGGUCCAGGCUCUCAGUAUGAUAACCCAAUAGUUGACCAGUACACAUGGAAGGCAGAUUUAAAGAAGGAGUACCCCUUAAAGACACCAUGGAAACACUUCAGCAUCAAACAUUUCCUGAAAUGCUACAAGGCUGGCAAUCCAAAAACAGGCCUGGAGACUGAUGAGCAAAUAGACUGUUGUGCAAAGAUAGCCCCCUUAGUGGCAUGGUAUGCUGGGGACCAAGAAAUGCUAGAAAGAGUGGAGGAUUUUGUAAGGGUCACUCAGGACUCUGACCUUGAUGUGGCCCUUGCUCUCGCAUAUGCAAGGAUACUGGAGAAGUACAUUCUCGAUGGUCCAGUUGAUGAUGUCAUAGAGCAUGUCAUCAGAGAGCUGAACAAUCCAAAGCGUAACUACCCACAAGAUUUAGACAAGGGGGUGGUAAAUUUCUUGCGCCAAGUUCUCAAUGUUAAAGACAGAGACCAUUUGGAAGUGGCAAGGAAGGAAUUUAGAAAUGACUGAGUGUUGCCGGGGAGUUUUCAGUCAGCACUACAUGGUGUCAUCACAAGCCAGGAUUUGAUUGGUGGUGUGAGGCAGACCAUACGGGUGGGUGGCUGUAACUCUUCCCGGAGCUCUAUCAUAGGUGCAUGUAUGGGGGCCAAGUUUGGGAUGGAGGCUAUUCCAGAAACUUGGAAGAAGAGAACAUUGAGACUUCAACAAUUAGAGAAUUUAACACAAGAAAUGUAGAUGCAAUAGUGAAUUAACUGACAAUCAGCAAUAGAAAAAUACACAGCAUAGAAUAUGAGCCUGCUCUAAAGGGGGAAACCAGGGUGAAAAAAUAUACAAUGCCAUUACAGCUGAAACUUUUAGUG